AUGUUGCCUUUACCUAUUCUGCGCAGGUGCGCCUUGUCACAUUCCCGUUAUUCUGUACCUGCAGCAACUCCUAUUUUUCUCGAUUUCCUCGUGCCGUCAACAUCUCAGCAUCGCCAAUGUCGGCAGGCUUCAACUACCGCCGGCACCUCCGGUGGCUCUAAACCUCUAUAUGUUCUUAGCAAAGAGCAGCGAGAAUUCAUGGACAGCGCCCUGCGAGUGAAUCAGGCCGGUGAGCUUGCCGCAACGCUGAUCUACAAAGCGCAAACACCCCAGAUCGUCCGCUCAUACCCACACCUCCGACCCUUGAUGAAACACAUGUACGACCAGGAAGCCGGGCACCUCAAGACUUUCAAUCACCUCAUCGCCAAGCACCAAAUCCGUCCGACAGCCAUGUAUCCGGCAUGGGAGGUAGCUGCCACAUUUUUGGGUUGGUCGACGGCGGCAUUGGGUCGCGAAGCUGCGAUGGCGUGCACUGAAGCCGUGGAAACUGAAAUUGGAUCACACUACAACGACCAAGCGGGGGAGGAGCUUGAUGAGGAGCUUAAAGAAAUGUUGGCCACAUUCCGGAGAAUUCGUGACGAGGAACUGGAACACCUCGACCAUGCCGUGGCCAACGACUCAAAGGAGGCGAAGCCCUACGAUCCGCUCGUUGAUGUCAUUCGUCUUGGAUGCAGGACCGCUAUCAAGAUCAGCGAGAAGAUUUGAUACGACAAUUUGGUGGGACGCAUGUGCCGGGGUUGCGCUGCCAUUUAUAUAUUCUGCUGCCACCCAGGACUCUAUGUACUAUACCGACUACUCAUCUCGAUAUUGC